AUGGCCGAUACCGUCGGAAAGACCAUCACUUGCAAGGCCGCCAUCGCAUGGGAAGCCGGCCAGCCGCUCUCCGUCGAAGAUGUCGAGGUCGCGCCUCCCAAGGCCCACGAGGUCCGUAUCCAGAUCUUCCACACUGGUGUCUGCCACACAGAUGCAUACACUCUGUCAGGCAAGGACCCCGAGGGAGCUUUCCCCGUCAUUCUCGGACAUGAAGGUGCUGGUAUAGUCGAGUCUGUUGGAGAAGGCGUGACAAACGUCAAGCCCGGCGACACCGUUGUUGCUCUCUACACCCCUGAAUGCAAGGAAUGCAAGUUCUGCAAGUCCGGAAAGACAAACCUCUGCGGCAAGAUCCGCGCUACCCAAGGCAAAGGCGUGAUGCCAGACGGCACCUCUCGAUUCAAGGCACGCGGAAAGGACAUUCUGCACUUUAUGGGCACAUCGACUUUCUCGCAGUACACUGUUGUCGCCGAUAUCUCCGUUGUCGCCGUGACCGACAAGGCCGGCACCGAUAAGACCUGCUUGCUGGGCUGUGGUAUCACGACCGGAUACGGCGCCGCGGUCGUCACGGCCAAGGUCGAGGAGGGCUCGAACCUGGCCGUGUUUGGCGCGGGCUGUGUUGGUCUAUCAGUCAUCCAGGGCGCGCUCAAGAACAAGGCGGGCAAGAUCAUUGCCGUUGAUGUCAACGACAGUAAGGAGGAGUGGGCUCGCAAGUUUGGCGCCACCGACUUUGUCAACCCGACAAAGCUGGGUGGGCAGAGUGUGCAGGAGAAACUGAUUGAGAUGACGGAUGGUGGUUGUGACUAUACCUUUGACUGCACCGGUAAUGUCGGCGUGAUGCGCGCUGCUCUCGAGGCGUGCCACAAGGGUUGGGGUCAAAGUAUUGUUAUUGGUGUUGCUGCUGCUGGUCAAGAAAUCUCCACAAGGCCAUUCCAAUUGGUCACCGGUCGUGUCUGGAAAGGAUGCGCUUUUGGCGGUAUCAAGGGACGAUCACAAUUGCCCGAUCUGGUAGACGACUACUUGAACGGCAAACUCAAAGUUGACGAGUUCAUCACACACCGUGAUGUCUUAGCUAAUAUUAACAAUGCCUUUGAGCAAAUGAAGGCUGGCGAUUGCAUUCGCUGCGUCGUUGAUGUGCGUGCUUGA